AGAAAUGUUGCAAGGAAAAUACAAAGAAUUUUUGUGUACACUUCACCUAGAGUCUUCAAAUGUUAAUAUUUUGCAACAUUUGCUAUAUUAUUAUCUCAAUAUAGAUAUAGAUAAAUAAAUGCAUAUUAUUUUUGAACCAUUUGAGAGUUAGUUGCAGACAUGAUGUAUGUUCCUUUGCCCCUAAAUACUUAAGUGUGUUCUCUAAAAACAAGGGUAUUUUGUUAUAUAGCCACAAUACAGUGAUCAAAACCAGGAAAUUUACAUUGAUACAAUUCCAUGAUCUAAUUUAUUGACUUUAAGUUUGCCACUGGCACCAAUUAAUGCACUUUGUAGUCAAAGAAAAUCCCAGAUUGUACAUUUUAAUCACUUGUCAAGUCUCUUUUGCUUUCUUUAAUCUGGAAUACUUCUUCAGUCUUCCAGUGUAUUUCAUGUGACAUUGACAUUUUUAUAGAGAACAGGCUAUUUAUUUUGUAGAAUUUGCCCUCCAUUUGGGUUUGUCUGAUAUUUCUUCACAAUUAGAUUCAGAUUAUGCAUUUUUGGAAGGAAUGCCACAGAAGUGAUGUUGUAUCCUUCUCGGUACGUCAUAUCAAGAGGUACACGAUGUCAGUUUGUUCCAUGACUGCAAAGUCAGACAUAAAUUUAAAAUAAUCUUUCAUCAAAACCUUGGUUUAUUAAAAAUUGCUUUGAAGGGUUUCACACUCACUCCAGACUUCCUAUUACAGGUCUUUAAAAAACAGACUCAAAGACCAGGAAGCUGUAAGCUUUACAGAUGCUCAGGAGAAAAUGUAGCAUUUAAAAAAUUGCAAUGCAAUAGUUAUGAAAUUUUCCUAAAUUCAUUUUGCAGAAUGAGAGCUGUAAUUUAAACGUGAAGUUAUCGAGAGCUGAGAUAAACCACACAUCGCGAGCAAUUUAGUCUGGCAAGGAAACAGGCCACUCGGAAUUGCUAACUAGGCUUAAUUCAUUAUAUCUUGGUGAACGCUGUACUUUUUGGUCUUACAAGUCUUUCAAAUUGUGCAUUAAUAUAUUUACCCAGACCUCAUGGAAAGUGUAUGGGGAUGGUAACAGAAAUACUGUAUCCUUGUUUAAAUCACAUUACAUUUUUUAAACAGCUCAAGUAAUUACUCAGAAAGAUCACACCUUCUUCUGAAGCAUUUAUGAAACAAUUACUUACAUUACAUUAAAAACUUUAAUUGCCUUGAAGCACGUGCUCCGAGACACAAAUAUUGGAAAAUCAUCAAAAAUAUCUAUCACUAUUCUCUCUCCUUUACAACUCUUCUAAACUUUAUCUUUUUUUAUAACCCUCUGUAUUGAUCUAUUGUCCCAGACCAAGAGUGAUGUCAGAAGUCCUAGCUGGGUCAUAAAAAGUGAAUAUAAUUUCCAUUUGUCAUCUAUAAAAGCAAAUCUUUUGACCAGAGGAAAAGGGGGGGAAAUGCCCUUUUGAGGGAGUGGGGAGGAACAUGGGUGUGGGAUUUGGCAGAGUGACAUGCCAGAGAGGGAGAGUGACCCCAGGGUCGGUGAUGGGGAGUGGAUGAGGGGGUAAGUGGGUUGGUGAUGGAGGGAGUUGGGGUCUGAGUUCCUCCUGAGGGGUGGGAUAUUGGGAGAGCACUGGGGACCUCUGACUUGCCCAGAGGCAAAAACAGACAGGAAAAUGUAAAAGAAGAAACCUAGUCAGCCUCAUUGCUCAGGGUCUGAGAAAUUGCAAAUGACUGAAACCUCCCUCUAUCCAGGCCAAGGAGACAAUCAUAAUGAAGAACCUCCUUACUGCAGAGGACCUGGGGUCCCCAGCCAGGCUAAGGAACCCCGACUACUAAUAAUGAUGGUAAUAAUAGCAGAAACGUCUAUAGCUGUUAAGGAUCCAGAGCCCUAACAGCAGGGCUAGGGUCCCCUCAACAGUAAAAGUUAACUCAUUUAACACAAGUAACAAUAAAAGCCAACUCACUUGAGGGGGGAAAAGAGAUUUGACUGAGAACUCCAAUAAUCAUCACACUAAAAGGGUUCCCACUCUAACGUGAGGAGUCCUUAUAAUUGGGCUAAAGACUCCCCUCAAGUAAUAGCAGAAAUCCCUGUUGCAAAGGACCUAAGGGCCCUUCUGCCCCGCAAAGAACCCUGAGCUCUAGCUAAGGCGCCGCGCCCCAAUAAUAAUCCUAACAAUAUAAUGGCGUGGAAACUACGCAGGCAGCGGUGACACUUCCCAAGACUCAAUGGCGCCCCCGGGCGGCUCCCACCCGCCCGCUGGCCUGCUCCCACACGCCUGCCGGCCCCCGAGUCUACGCAGCUCUAGCUGCUGGCUGUUACCCUCGGAUCCGAAGCUUAGCUUGCGGACGAGCGGCAGCAGCCUGAGGCGCGUGUUGUGUGUCCUCCUGAAAAAAAAAAAUGCAUUGCAAACUAUUAACUUUUUUUUUUUAAGUAGGUAAUGCAGGGGUGGGGGUGGACAGGUGCGAGGAGCGGGUAGGCGCCCCACGCAUCGGCCUACCGCAGCUCCCCCUCCCAAACUUCCUUCUGCAUUGAUCAGCAUGUUACGUCAGUAUUGAUAAGUUUGCAAAAAGCCAAAGUCAAGUGCAAUCGCGCGGCACACCGACCCCGGACUUGAGGGGGGAGAUGCAGCGAGCGCUCCGCGGGCCCGGGAGCUGGCUGCAGGCAGGGCAGCGGCGGCGCCGGCGCCUCUCGGAGAGGCUGCCUCCCCCCUACCCCUCCCCUUCCACCCCAUCCCUGGCCGCCUCCCCCGGGCGGGCGCCGAGCUCCCCGCCCGGCGCGCUCCUCCCGCGCCCUCCGGGGGUCGGGGGGGCGCACGGCUCCCGGGCCCGGAGGCGACGGCGGCGGCGGUGCGGCGGCGCCGAGGGGCAGCGGGUGGCAGGAGGCCCGGGGGCGCCCGAGGGGCCCCGGGCAGCGGCGCGCAGGGCCCGGGCGGCGGGCGGCGGCCCCGGGGCUGGGGGGAGUCCAGCCCGGAUAUUGAGUGCAGCCAUUGAGAAAAGCCAAACUCUUGUGUGUGUGCGUCUCGAAUAGCCCCCAAGAUGGCCGCCAAUGUGGGAUCGAUGUUUCAAUAUUGGAAGCGAUUUGAUCUACGGCGACUCCAGGUUAGUGCGGGCAGCGCCGGCCGCGCGGCUGUGGGGAGCCCUCGGGCGCGCCCUGGGCGCAUCGGGAAGGUCCCCGGGAGGGUGGGCGGACGCCCCGGGGAGGCGGGCGGCGUCUGCUGGGGCUCGCCGGGGCUCGGCUGCCCGCUGCCCAUCGAUAGGUAUUAGGAAUUGAUCUCGUCGCUGCUCUUUGUUCGGUUCAAUCAUCGAUUGGCCGCCGCGACCAUGGAGAAGCGCUAGUGAGCCCUCGGCCCGGGGAGCGAGCCAGCGGGAGAGCGACCGAGCGAGGCGCGGGGAAGGCAGGGGCUGAGCUCCCGGACAGGGGGCUGCCGGCGGGACCCCCGGCAGCCCCCUUCGCACCGCACUUUGAGCGCCUCCCAACUUCGCGGCGCCUGGGGAGGCCGCGGAGCGCGCCGCGUGCCUGUCCGCGCCCGGCUGGGGCUCGACGAGGGAGGAGGGAGCUGGCGGGCAGGGAGGAGGAGGAGGAGGAGGGAGGAGGAGGCAGCCGAGGUUGGCGAGGAGGCGGCUCCGCGCCCCGCCGCCCGCCGGCACCUUCGCCGCCGCCGCCGCCAGCCUGGCUGCGCUGCCCGGACGCGCCGCCAACCCGGGGGCCGCUGCUGCCGCCCCAGCCGCCGCAGCCACCAUCGUCGGACUGGCCGCCUGUGCCGGCAGACCUCUCCUCGGGCCGGGUUCUCGGGAAGGAGCUUAAUUCCGUUGCUUCUGAGCUGUCUGCACGGCAGGAGGAGAGUGAACAUUCUCAUAAACAUUUAAUUGAACUCCGCCGGGAAUUUAAGAAAAAUGUACCUGAGGAAAUCAGAGAGAUGGUGGCUCCUGUAUUAAAAAGCUUCCAAGCUGAGUCCCUGCCCUCUGGAUGCUCACGGUCUGGUUGGGGAAAUGGAACAACAUCCAGACAAAAGGUGGUGGCCCUUAGUAAGAGAAGUCAGGAGGCUGAAGCUGCUUUCUUGAGUGUUUACAAGCAAUUAAUUGAAGCACCAGGAGGCAACAGAGUGUGGGAAGAAGAAGCCCAAGGGCCCAUCGCAGCCCUGCCACCAACUCACUGGCAGACUUCGGGAAGCUACUGGACCCUGCUUUCCCCACCUGUGCACUGUGAUCCCGUGCCUGUGUUUGAGGCAGUGCGCAGCCUAGACGACAGACUGCAGACCCCCAGCUUCGACCCCAGUGGGCAGCCGCGGCGAGACCUCCACAUUUCGUGGAAGAGGCACCCUGAGCUCCUCGGCCCCAAAGAGCAGAGAGAGGGGACGUCUCCAGCCGGGCCCACGCUGACCGAGGGGAUCCGCCUCCCGAGCAUUCCCAGCAAAGCCCUCCUGACAGAAACUUUGCUGCAGAGAAAUGAGACAGAGAAACAAAAGGGCCUUCAAGAAGUACAGAUCACUUUGGCAGCCAGACUGGGGGAGGCAGAGGAGAAGAUCAAGGUCCUACAUUCAGCGUUGAAGGCCACGCAGACCGAGCUGCUGGAGCUGCGGCGGAAAUACGAGGAGGAGGCUGCAUCCAAGGCAGAUGAAGUUGGCCUGAUCAUGACCAACCUGGAGAAAGCAAAUCAGCGAGCAGAGGCCGCCCAGAGGGAGGUGGAAAGUCUUCGCGAACAGCUUGCCUCUGUCAACAGCUCCAUCCGCCUGGCCUGCUGCUCCCCACAGGGACCCAGUGGGGACAAGGUGAACUUUGCGCUCUGCUCAGGCCCUCGGCUCGAGGCUGCCCUGGCCUCCAAGGACCGGGAGAUCCUGCGGCUGCUGAAGGAUGUGCAGCACCUCCAGAGCUCUCUGCAGGAGCUAGAGGAGGCCUCCACCAGCCAGAUCGCAGACCUGGAGCGGCAGCUCUCGGCCAAGUCCGAGGCCAUAGAGAAACUGGAAGAGAAGCUCCAGGCACAGUCUGACUAUGAAGAAAUUAAAACAGAGCUGAGCAUCCUGAAAGCCAUGAAGCUGGCAUCCAGCACGUGCAGCCUCCCCCAGGGCCUGGCCAAGCCUGAAGACUCACUGCUCCUGGCAAAGGAGGCCUUCUUCCCCACGCAGAAAUUCCUUCUGGAAAAACCCAGUCUCUUGGCUAGCCCUGAGGAGGACCCUUCAGAGGAUGAUUCCAUCAAGGACUCUCUGGGCACGGAGCAGUCCUACCCAUCCCCUCCGCAGCUCCCACCACCGCCAGGGCCCGAAGAUCUCCUUUCCCCAAGCCCGGGACAGCCCCUGCUGGGCCCUGGACUGGGCCCUGAUGGCCCACGGACUUUCUCACUGUCCCCCUUCCCCAGCCUGGCUUCCGGAGAGAGACUGGCAGGGGACACACUGUUGUCCAAGCACAUGAUGCCCCCAGCCACCUUCAAGGGGGAGGUGGGCAGCCUGCUGGUGUUCCCCCCAGCUUUCUACAGCACCAAGGCCCCCUCAGCCCCUGUCACCCCAGCCCCUGGCCCUGAGCCUCCCGGGGGCCCCGAGCCAGUGGAUGGUGGUGGAGGCGGUGCAGCCGGGGCAGGGGCCGGAGCAGAAGAGGAGCAGCUAGACACGGCGGAGAUUGCAUUCCAGGUGAAGGAGCAGCUGCUCAAACACAACAUCGGGCAGCGGGUGUUUGGCCACUAUGUGCUGGGGCUGUCGCAGGGCUCGGUCAGUGAGAUCUUGGCCCGCCCCAAGCCCUGGCGCAAGCUCACAGUGAAGGGCAAAGAGCCCUUCAUCAAGAUGAAGCAGUUCCUGUCAGAUGAGCAGAACGUGCUGGCUCUGAGGACCAUCCAGGUGCGGCAGCGAGGCAGUAUCACCCCGAGAAUCCGCACACCGGAGACGGGCUCAGACGAUGCCAUCAAGAGCAUCCUGGAGCAGGCCAAGAAGGAGAUCGAGUCUCAGAAGGGGGGUGAGCCCAAGAACUCAACAGCCCCAUUGAGCAUCACCAAUGGCACAGCCCCUGCUAGCACCUCAGAAGAUGCCAUCAAGAACAUUCUGGAGCAAGCACGCCGUGAGAUGCAAGCACAGCAGCAGGCCCUGCUGGAGAUGGAGGCAGGCCCGUGUGGCCGGUCGGUGCCCCCCUCACCCCCAGAGCGGCCCUCACUGGCUGCCGUGAGCCAGAGUGGGGCCCCAGCCUAUGUCAAGCAGGAGGACGGUGGUGGCAGUGGUGGCGGUGGCAUCGGGGGGACCAGCAGCAGUGCCACACAGACAUCCCUCACAGUCCUGUCCCCCGCCGCCUUCGUGCAGAGCAUCAUCCGGAAGGUCAAGUCAGAGAUCGGCGACGCUGGCUACUUUGACCACCACUGGGCCUCAGACCGCGGCCUGCUCGGCCGCCCCUAUGCCUCUGUCUCGCCCUCACUCUCCUCCUCCUCCUCCUCCGGCUACUCUGGACAGCCCAACGGGCGGGCCUGGCCCCGCGGGGACGAGGCCCCUGCAGCCCCCGAGGAUGAGGCGGCUGGGGGCGAGGAUGAGCCCCCCAGAGUGGGUGAGCUCAAGGCCGAGGGGGGAAUCCCAGAGGCAGGCAGCGGUGGGCGGCUGGCCUACUACCCAGCAUAUGUACCCCGCACACUGAAGCCCACCGUGCCGCCCCUGACCCCCGAGCAGUACGAGCUCUACAUGUACCGUGAGGUAGACACGCUGGAGCUGACGCGCCAGGUCAAGGAGAAGCUAGCCAAGAACGGAAUCUGCCAGAGGAUCUUCGGGGAGAAGGUGCUGGGCCUGUCACAGGGCAGUGUGAGCGACAUGCUGUCCCGACCGAAGCCGUGGAGCAAGCUAACACAGAAGGGGCGGGAGCCCUUCAUCCGUAUGCAGCUGUGGCUCUCCGACCAGCUUGGCCAGGCCGCCAGCCAGCAGCCCAGUGCCUCCCAGGCCAGUCCCACCGAGCCGAGGUCCUCGCCAUCCCCACCCCCCAGCCCCACAGAGCCGGAGAAGAGCUCCCAGGAGCCCUUGCGCCUGGCGCUGGAGAGCAUCAAGGAGAACCAGCAGCCAGAGGGACGCUCCAGCUCCUCGCUGGGGGGGAAGAUGUACUCGGGCAGCCAGGCCACAGGGGGCAUCCAGGAGAUUGUGGCCAUGUCCCCCGAGCUGGACACAUACUCCAUCACCAAGAGGGUCAAAGAGGUCCUCACAGACAACAACCUAGGGCAGCGGCUGUUUGGGGAGAGCAUCCUAGGGCUGACUCAGGGCUCUGUGUCUGACCUGCUGUCCCGGCCCAAACCCUGGCACAAGCUGAGCCUGAAGGGACGGGAGCCCUUUGUGCGCAUGCAGCUGUGGCUCAAUGACCCGCAUAAUGUGGAGAAGCUGAGGGACAUGAAGAAGCUGGAGAAGAAAGCCUACCUGAAGCGCAGGUACGGUCUCAUCAGCACCGGCUCUGAUAGUGAGUCUCCAGCCACCCGCUCUGAGUGCCCCAGCCCCUGCCUGCAGCCGCAGGACCUGAGCCUCCUGCAAAUCAAGAAACCCCGCGUGGUGCUGGCACCGGAGGAGAAGGAGGCGCUAAAGAAGGCCUACCAGCUGGAGCCCUACCCCUCCCAGCAGACCAUUGAGCUCCUCUCUUUCCAGCUCAACCUCAAGACCAACACCGUCAUCAACUGGUUCCACAACUACAGGUCCCGGAUGCGCCGGGAGAUGUUGGUGGAGGGGACCCAAGAUGAACCGGACCCCGACCCCAGUGGGGGUUCUAGUGUCCUACCGCCAGGCCACUCCCACCCAGACCCCACCUCCCAGAGCCCCGACUCCGAGCCCGAGGACCGGAAGCCUACUGUGAAGGAACUGGGUCUUCAGGAGGGCCCUGAGGGCCUCACAGCCCUGAGCACCCAGGGUAAGGCCCCGGUGACGAUUAAGCAGGAACAGAGUGAGGAGGCUGCCGAAGAGGAGGCAGGCGGCCGGCUCCAGGACUCACAGGAGCCGGACCAAGGCCAAGGUUCCCCCAUGGAGGCACAUCCCGAUCCGCCAGGGGACAACAGGCUCCCAGAGGCGGCCCCCGGGCUCCUCCUUCCAGGCGAGACCACCCCGGACCACCCCUCACUACAGCCGUCUCAGGAGAGCGAGGGUGGGGAACGGCUACACUUGGACCCUCUAAGUUUUAAGUCAGCCUCGGAGUCCUCACGCUGCAGCCUGGAGGUGUCACUGAACUCACCCUCAGCUGCCUCCUCACCGGGCCUCAUGAUGUCUGUAUCACCUGUCCCCUCCUCCUCAGCCCCGAUCUCCCCGUCCCCACCUGGCGCACCCCCUGCCAAAGUGCCGAGUGCCAGCCCUACAGCCGACACAGCUGGGGCCUUGAACCCCAGCACCAAGGUGAACUCCAACCUGCAGCGGCGGCAUGAGAAGAUGGCCAACCUGAACAGCAUCAUCUAUCGGCUAGAGAGGGCUGCCAAUCGGGAGGAGGCCCUGGAGUGGGAAUUCUGAAGGCAGGGGUGAGGGGCUGAGGGCCACACCUGCGUAGCCACCUUCCCUCCCUCACUCACUCUCCCAGACAGGGUGGGGUGAGAGAGGGAAGAACUCAACCAUCAAAAUGUGGACGGCAAUGUUAUGCCAUUUAUGUUUUUUGUUGUAAUCCUAGUUAUAUGAAGUUGUGAGGGAGUGGACGGGGCAAGUGCCACUGCCUCCUCUUUUCGGCACCCCCUGUCCCAGAGAGCACCCUCUUCUCCAUCCUGGCCUCUCUGCAGGAGGCAGAAGAAAAGUGGCACCGCAGUUUCACCUGGAAACUCCAAACUCUUUUAGAAAAAUAAAUAAAUAUUUAUAGACCUCUUUUAGAUAUUUUAAUAAAGGAUCCUUUGGAAUUUAUUCCCAGCCGAUGCUGUUUUGAUAUUACAGAGUUAUAAAAUCAGGAUGCUGUCACAACUGUUGAGAAGUAUACACUGAAGUUGUGUCAUUUUUGCCACUAGAUGAGAUUAAAAGAAGACAAUUGUUCAAAGCCAUCACAAAACACUUAUAUAAGACUGACCAAAAUUUAGAUAACCUUUGAACCAUGGGUUUUUUUUCCGCAUCUGUCUGUGAGACACAGCACAUUGCUACUGCCCUUCUAGAAACCGUGCUGAAAAGGGAAAGUCCAAAAGACUCUAAAUGAAAACCUUGAUGCCGUUGAGGAUGUGUCUCAUUCUGAUGGCCUGUUUGCAACCUUGAUAACACAGAAUAGAAUGUCCUGUGCCGUCGUAAAUGUUGUAGAUGUGGGCUGUGGCCAAACAUCCUAUCUGAGAUGUAAACAUGGUAUAAAACAAACUGCUUACACUUCCUCUAGUGAGAAACCUGUGGGCUGUGCAGGUUGGACAGCCAUCUCAUCUGCAGACACUAUGUGUUUCUGGAUCCUUUGGAAAGCCCGGCAUGGGAGCAGGUGAUUGGAGCGUGGCACUUAAGUCAGAGUGACCCCGUUCCCCAACCUGAAUCAUGGCCAUGGUACAGGAGGCUUUCCCACUGGGUCCCAGAGCAAGACUGUGGCCACCAUCUUCUCCUCCCUGUGUUUUAAGGAAAAUGAUUGGUAGUAAUAGUCCUACAAGCACCCAGCACCAAAAAGUAAAUUCAUCCAACUAGUGGCCCCAACUCCCCUUCCUGCCAUCUUCUCAAGUUGACUGUAGUGCAGUUUUUGGAAGGCAUCUGCAACUCCAAGUCCAUGCAAAAGAAAGCAAGAAGGUUGAGUUCACCACAGCAUAACCACUGUAUCCCAGUCUUCAGGUCCACCCUCCUGCCUCCCAACAUGUGACUUUCUGGGACUCAAAGACUCGACCUCCCCCUCGGAGAAACCUCCCUCCAGUGUCUUUGUCCUCAUGAUCACUAGGGAAAGAGCUCCCAAUUUGGAUGGAAAGGCCACCAGAUUGUUGAAUUUUUGUCUCCUGUUUUAUUUUCCUUUUUCAAACUGUGGGAAAGCUGACUUGGGUGACUCCCCCGCUGAAUCCAGAAUGAUAAUGAAAGGGUGGCCAUAAUCAGUGCCAACCCAAUGCCAGGGGGAGAGAAGGCCGGUGGGGCUUUCAAGGAUGCAACAAGCAUUUUAAAACCCAGCCAGAAAAACCCAGUGACCUGAAGGGGACAAAUGAAGACUGUUCCAGAAAUCUCAACUCUCAUGCACCCAGCCCAGGCUGCAGUCUCCACACCAGUCAGUGAAGAACAAUGCAAACCCUGCAGGAAAACCUCCUUUUCUGUACACCCAGGCUAUGCAUUGAAGAGUUUUCCACUGUAUACGUUUUUAUCCAGAUGAAGGUAUUUUUAUAUUUUGACAGUAAGAAACAGUGACCAAUUUUCAGAGUAAUCAAAUCUGGAACAAAUGAAACAUCUCCUUUUAGCCACCACCACCCUAUCACAAUUAAAAACUGUGGGGAAACAUACCACUUUUUACUGUUGGAACCCACACAACAUUGAAAUCCAAGCUUACACACAAGACUAGGAUUCUCAAAGAACUAAAUCUGGCUUUUGUGUAACGGGAUUUGAUUAAGCACUUAGUAUAGUCUUUUGACCACAGGAAUCCUGUUGUACCUAAAGCCAGCAGACCCGUGAACAUCUUUGUUAGGUUCAUGUCCUAUAACGGUCAAAACAAAACAAAAACACACAAAACCGUUUCUAUGAGAGAUUGAUGAACUUUGUUUAAAAUUUUAAAAAACAGGAACACGUUCUGUAUAUGCGUCACUCAAUACAGAAUUGGAUAAUAAUGUCUGGGUGUCCUCCUUGCUUUGUUCUGGAGCUGAGGGUGCACACUGGGGGUCAGAUCUGGCCCUCACAGGUGUUUUACAAAACAGUAUUUUUAAAACUGGUUUUUAAGUUAAUUUGCCACUAUUAAAAUAUGGACACAUGUCCCAUAAGAAUUACAGCUACUGGCUUCUCUUGAAAACUGUAAGAUCUGGCCACACCAGAUGACAACAGCUAGCUGGGGAGUGGCUUCUCCCUUUAGAUGGGACACAUGCCUGGGUUUGCCUUGGUCCUCACCUGUGCCACCCACCCGGGGCCUGUGGGCAUCUCUGUUGGUGAUUAUGCUGUGGGCUCCAGCAAAGGAAGAUGGAAGGAUUGGAAUCCAUUUGCCACUCAGUACAUCAGGGUGUAAACAGGUUAGACUCUGGGGCCUGGUAUUAAGGAGCUAAGAUCAUACCUGCUCCCAAAUCAGCGGCCACAGGCCAUGACCCUAAGACCAACCAGAUUACAGGCUGCACCUGCCUCAGUGGGGUGUGUGAAUGGCAGGUGCCCCCAGCCUCGUGAUGGGCAUAUGCUAAGAGGUGAUCAACCCAGCAUCUCCCCUUUCCCAGCUAUAUAGCCAAGGCCUCAGUUUCCCCUUCUGUAGAAUGAGGGUAUUACAGCAGCCAGCUCAGAGGUCAUUAUAAGGAAUAAUCAUGCUUGUAAAACCCAUCAGACAGUAUGUGGCACAUAUUACUUACUGCUAUCACGAGCGGGGCUUGGGUUCUUUCUACCCAUGAUGGUGAGUCUCUGUGUGCAUCAAGCUGCAGAUUUUUUUUUUCCUCAACCAAUAAUGUCAAGAGAGUCCCCAGCAUGGCAUUAAACAUUACUCACCCAUGAGCCAAGGCCCCAUGGCAUCCCAAGACAGACCUUUCCUCUUUGUCUGGAAAUCUUCUGAUUUGCCCCAGUUUUUCCACAUGUCCUUGCAAAGGGAACUAAAUGAUUAAUUGCCUCCCCCACUGGUUAGGAUAACUAAUUGCUCCAAACCUAGCAGAUGGUUCCGUGGGAUACUGGAGCACCCGAUCAAGGACGGGAAGGUAGUUGCAGGUUAGAGCCAAGGUACUCAUUGGCCCAGGAACUUCUGAGCUAGCCAUUAAGGUGACAUUUCAGGAGGGCCUGGCCUUUGCCCAGAGCCAGAGGAAAAGGAUGGGAGUCAGGAGCUCUGGGCAUAGAGCCAGACCACCUGGUUUCAGCCCCAGGGCCGCCUGUUUGAGCCAUGUGACCUUUGGCAAACACCGGAAUCGCUCUGUGCCUUUAGUUUCCCGAGCUGUAAAGUGGAGAUGAUAAUGGCAACUUCCUUAUGAGGUGGUUGUAAAGAUUCAAAUUAAGUAAAGCCAAGGACUGGCCCUUUGGACCCUUAGUUUGCAGCUCUAGAGAGGUCAGAAACCCCCAGGAUGUGGCUCCAUGGUGUGGGGGAUGGGGCAGGAGUGGA